AUGGGCAUAGUUGUAAUAGCCAAUGAUAAUGGAGAUAAGGUUAUAGAAAAGAUUGUUCCAUUAUUUUCCCAACACAACAUCUGUUUUUCAUAUAUAGAGAGAAUUGGUGAAAUAACAACAGUUCAUGAAAUCUAUGACUUGUUCAACCGUGGUGCAGAAAUACAUGAUAAAGUUAUGGAUAGCAAUGCUAAUGUUCUGAUAUUUUUUGGAGAGUCUUAUAUUAUGAUAAGGUUGAGAUGGAUAGCAUAUUUAUCACGAAAAAACAUAAUUGAUACUGUCAAAGGUAAAGUGUGGAUAUUUACAGCACAAAUGGAGCUCAACUCACAUGUAUAUCAAAGAAAUUGGGAUACUGACAUAAUGAAUGGUGCUCUGUCCUUCACAAUUCAUGCUAAUGACCCACCAGGAUUCCAGUCAUUUUCUGAAAGUAGACAUCCUUCCAUGACAGAAGAUGGAUUUAUCAAGGAUUUUUGGCAGCAAUCCUUUGUUUGUGCAUUCAAAACUUCAAAUGUAGGUGAAGUAGUUGGUGAUAUUUGCACAGGAGAAGAGAAAUUGGAAGAUCUUCCUGUAACUUUUUUUGAAAAGAGUAUGACUGGUCACAGCUACAGUAUUUAUAAUUCUGUCUAUGCAGCAGCACAUGCAUUGCAUGCCCUGAUUUCACCCAGAUUUGCCCAAUGGUCAGUGGAAAAUAAAAUAAAAAUGAAACUUCAAAAUCAAGAUUCAUGGCAGCUGCACUCCUUUCUAAAAGGCCUCUCAUUUAAUAACAGUGCUGGGGAUCUGAUUUCUAUUGAUUACAAUGGAGAGUUAAUAGCUGGAUACGAUAUACUGAACUGGAUUGUUUCUUCUAAUGAAUCCUUUAUUAGAGUUAAAGUUGGGAGGGUAAACCCUGAAGUUUUUUCAGACCAAAUAUUCACCAUAAAUGAAGAUGUCAUAACCUGGCACAGUUGGUUUAACCAGUCCCAGCCUGUUUCUAUAUGCACUGGAAGUUGCCAUCCCGGUACCAGCAAGAAAAUCAAGGAAGGCGAGCCCUUUUGUUGCUAUGAUUGCAUUCCUUGCCCUGAUGGGAAGAUUUCAGAGAAGGAGGACACAAAUGAUUGUUACUUGUGUCCAGAAGGAAGCUAUCCAAACAAGAAUCAGGAUUCAUGCAUUCCUAAAACUUUGACAUUCUUGUCUUAUGAAGAAUUUCUGGGAAUCAGUUUAGCCUUCUUUGUUCUUUUCUUUUCUUUGCUCUCAGUGAUUGUGCUUGGAAUAUUUUUGAAGAACAACAACACCCCCAUUGUCAUAGCCAAUAGCCGAAAUCUCACCUACAUUCUCCUCAUCUCCCUCCUGCUCUGUUUCCUUUCUGCAUUCCUAUUCAUUGGUCAUCCUGAGAAGAUGGUAUGUCUCCUGCAACAAGCAACUUUUGGGAUUGUUUUUACAGUGGCUGUUUCUUCGGUGUUGGCAAAAACUGUCACAGUGGUUCUGGCUUUCCAGGCCACCAAGCCAGGAUCCAAGAUGAGAAUGCUUGUGGGAAAGAGACUGUCCAACUCCAUUGUCAUUUCUUGUUCUCUCAUUCAAAUAGGUAUUUGCACGACAUGGAUAACAACUUCUCCCCCUUUCCCAGAAAAAGAUAUGGAUUCAGUACUUGAAGAAAUUAUUCUGCAGUGCAAUCAAGGCUCUGUGACUAUGUUCUAUAGUGUCCUAAGCUAUUUGGGCUUCUUGGCUGUUAUUAGUUUCAUAGUUGCCUUCAUGGCCAGGAAAUUACCUGAUACAUUCAAUGAAGCCAAAUUCAUCACUUUCAGCAUGUUGCUCUUCUGCAGUGUUUGGAUAUCUUUUGUCCCAACCUAUUUGAGCACCAAGGGGAAGUACAUGGUGGCAGUGGAGAUAUUUUCCAUCUUAGCCUCUAGUGCUGGUUUGCUGGGCUGCAUCUUUCUUCCCAAAUGUUAUAUAAUUGUUGUAAGGCCUGAUUUGAACAACAGGGAAAAUUUAAUGAAGAGAAAACAAUUCUGA